AUGCCGUCGAAAGAGAAAAAAUCCACAGCUUCGGAGGAAACCGAAGAGCUCGAUGAUGAAGUGGAGGAAGCCGAGCCAAAUUUAAAAGAGAGGAGCAACGGUUUGACCCGCGGGGACACCACAAAACAAGAGAAGAGCCGGAAGAAACACAGAAGCUCGGAGGCUCAGGAGUUCCCUGAGAAAGAAAAGAAGGAAAGAGAAAAACCUGAGAAGCUGACCGAAAGAGUGCAGGAGGAGAAGAAGAGGCACCAGAAGAAAAAGUCAUCUGCAGAGAAUCCAGAAAAAGAGGAGGAAAUGGGAUCUAAGGAUAAAAAGUCUAAAGACGGCAAAAAGAAGAAGAAGUCACACAAUGAGGACGAUGAAGAACCUUUAAUUGAGGAGCAAGAAGAGGAGGAAGAGUCAAAGAAAAAGAAGAAGAAGAAGGGCAAGAAGGGAUCUGGAGACAGCGAUGAAGACAAAAAGAAAAAGGGCAAAAAAUCCAAAAACAAACAAGUGGACUAUGCUGCAAUAUACCAAAAGGAGCUGCUAGAGUAUCACACAGACUCCUCUGAUGGAUAUGAGGACGAGUACUACAAAAAGAAAGUGUAUGAGGUGGUCACUGUCACAGGUGAUGUAAAAGGAGCUGGGACGGACGCAAAUGUUUUUGUCACCCUUUUUGGAGAUUUUGGUGUCUCUCCUAAGGUUCACCUGGCAAGCAAGAGCCGGACUGCAUUUGAGAAGAACAAAACCGAUGUUUUUCGAAUCAAAACGUAUAACGUGGGUGCAUUGAAAAAGCUGAGGAUUGAGCACGACAACACAGGGAUGGGAACCAGCUGGUUUUUGGACAGGGUGGUGGUGACUGACAUGAACCGUCCCCAUCUGCGCUUCUAUUUCGCCUGCAAUAACUGGCUGAGCCGCGAAGAGGCCGACAACCUGAUCGUCAGGGAUCUGCUGGGCAGCAUGAAUCCCAUGGAUGUGCCCAAAUUGAAUAAAUACAUUGUGAGUGUGUUUACUGCCGACAUGAAGGGAAGUGGAACCGAUGCUGACGUAUUUCUGAACAUCUUCGGAGAGCAUGGCGACACAGGAGAGAGAAGGCUGGACAGUGGCAAGGACAACUUUGAACGUGGGUCUGAAGACAAGUUUACAAUUGAAGCUCCAAACCUCGGGAGGCUGAAGAAAAUCACCAUUGGCCACAACAACAGAGGCUCAUCAGCUGGAUGGUUUCUAGAUAAGGUGAUGAUAGAUGAUAUGGGGAAUAAAGAAAUAUAUGAGUUCCCAGUUAAUCGCUGGUUUGCCAUGGAUGAAGAUGAUGGCAAAAUACAGAGGGAUAUAUUGGUUGGAUCUAUGCAGCCCAUGGGAAUUGUGUACAAUGUGCAAGUGAUGACUGGAGACAUCAGAGGUGCAGGAACCAACUCGAAGAUCCACAUGGUCAUGCACGGUGCCAAGGGCAUCAAAAACAGUGGCAAGGUUUUCCUCGAAGGAGGUGCUUUCGAGCGUGGUUUGAUUGACGUUUUCAACGUGGAGAUCUGUGAGCUGAUCAGCCCUCUUAGCAGGAUCACAAUCGGGCACGACAAUGGUGCCGUAGGCGCUGGAUGGUACUGUGAGAAGGUGGUAAUAUACUGUCCAUUCACGGGCAUCGAGCAGACAUUUCCAUGUGGAAUGUGGCUGGAUGAGGAUGAGGGGGAUGGACUGAUUGAGAGGGAGCUGUAUGAGAUGGUCUCUCUUAGACAGAAAAAAAUGAAAAAAUACCCAUGGUCCCUUUGGAUUUGGACCUCAGAUAUUAAGGGGGCAGGCACAGAUGCACAAGUGUUUCUGCAGAUCUACGGGGAGAGGGGCAAGUCGGAUGAAAUCAAACUGGAAAACAACUCGGACAAUUUUGAGCAAGGACAGAUUGAUAAAUUUGUGAUUGAAAUGCCAGACAUAGGAAAACUGUUGAAACUGAGGAUCUGGCAUGAGAAGAGAAAUCCAUUUGCUGGUUGGCAUUUAGCAAAGGUGACUUUGCUCAAGACACUGACGAUGGAAAAAUAUUCUUUUGAAUGUGGUCGCUGGCUGGACAUCAAUGAAGACGACAAUGAGAUUGUCAGGGAACUUCCAGCCACAGGAGCUUUCAUCGACGAGCCGCUUCCUUUGAUAAAGUACCGCGUCACCAUCUGCACAGGAACCGUCAGUGGCAGCGGCACCGACGCCAGCGUCUUCCUCAAUGUAAUUGGUGACCUGGGGGACACAGGCGAGCGCCUCAUGUAUAUGAGCAAAAACAACGUCAACAAAUUUGAGAAGGGAAACCAUGAUGAGUUUCUCAUUGAGUCAGUUUGGUUGGGCCAAGUGCGGAGGGUCCGAGUGGGUCACGAUGGCCGCGGUGGAGGCUGUGGUUGGUUCCUUGAUAAAGUGAUGGUCAGGGAAGAGGGUCAACCCGAAUCGGCAGCCAUUGAGUUUCCUUGUAACAGGUGGUUGGACCAAAAUGAAGACGAUGGUCAGAUUAUUCGUGAAUUAGUUCCAGCUGGCGAAGGCCUCCGUCUCUUUAAUGUUAGCUACCACAUAGCAAUACAGACGGGCAGUGUGAAUGGGGCCAGCUCGGACUCCAAGGUGUUCGUGAAGCUGUACGGGGAGAAGGGAGACACCGACAAGGUGAUACUGGCGGUCUCUGACAAUGACCUGAGAAACUACUUUGAAACAGCGCGCACUGACAUCUUCACCCUGGAAACCUUUGACAUUGGAAAGAUCAACCGCCUUCUGAUCGGCCACACCAAUGAGGGUUUGAGGGCCGGGUGGUUUCUUGACAGCGUGCAGAUCUCUGUGCCAGUUCAUGGGAUGCAGUAUAUGUUUCCGAGCCACCGCUGGCUCUGUAAGGAUGAGGCUGAUGGAAGGGUGGAGGUGGAGAUCUAUCCCAGCGAGACCAUGGAGAUUGAAAAGUUGAUCAACUAUGAAAUAGCAGUGGUCACAGGUGACGUACGUGCAGGUGGAACAAAUGCCAGCGUUUUCUGUCAGAUCUAUGGGGAGGAGGGAAAAACUGAAGUCCUCAACCUCAAAAGUCGCUCCAACAACUUUGAGCGUGGCACCACUGAGAUCUUCAAGAUUGAGGCUUUGGAUGUUGGCAAGAUCUACAAGAUACGGAUCUACCAUGACGGAUCGGGCAUUGGGGACGGAUGGUUCCUGGAGACAGUGGACAUCAAGAGGCUGACCAUGGCUUUGGUGCAGGUUGAGGUGAAAAAAGAGGAGGCACCCAAGAAAGAUAAGAAGAAGGACAAGAAAAAGAAAAAGAAAGAAGAAGAGGAGGUGGAAAUAAUUGAGGAGAUGCAGGAAGUGGUGGAGACAUUUACUUUCACUUGCAACCGCUGGCUGGCCCGGGAUGAGGAGGAUGGAGAGAUUGUGGUUGAACUGCUAACCGAGGAGAAUGAAGACUUGGAAAUGAACUCCUAUGAAGUUCAUGUGUUCACUGGGACCACGUGGGGGGCGGGGACUGACGCCAAUGUUUACAUUAAUGUGUACGGAGAAUCUGGUGACACUGGAGAACGGUGGCUCAGGAAAUCCAACCACCUAAACAAGUUUGAGAAAGGGCAGGAGGACAUUUUUGACAUCACAGCGGUGGAUCUGGGAGUCCUGAAGAAGCUGAGGAUCCGCCAUGACAAUUCCCUGGCCAGUGCUGGCUGGUUUCUGGACAGAGUUGAGAUAGUGGACAACAAAGACGAUACAACGUACUUUUUUCCCUGUAAACGCUGGCUGGCUGUUGAUGAAGAUGAUGGACAGCUUGCGAGGGAGCUGGUCCCUGUGGAUGAAGCUUUUAUGAGGAAAGGGGAUGAAGAUGAUGAGGAAGAUUCUGAAGCUACACUGGGUUUGGAGCAGAAAGCUAUGUCAACUACGUACACUGUAAGGAUAAAAACUGGUGACAAGAAGUAUGCAGGAACAGACGCAAAUGUCUUCAUGACCCUUUAUGGCACCAAGGAUGACACAGGGAUCAUCACCAUGAAGGCUUCAAAGACUCAUAAGAACAAGUUUGAGCGGGGAAUGAUUGACGAGUUCACAGUGGAAGCAGUCGACAUCGGACCCCUGAAGAAGCUCCGAAUUGGGCAUGACAACUGCGGAGGAUCUGCUGGGUGGUUUCUUGACUGGGUUGAAAUUGAUGCUCAGUCUUUGGGGCAGAAGCUCCGCUUCCCUUGCGGCCGCUGGUUGGACAAAGGGGAGGAUGAUGGAGCCAUCGUCAGGGAUCUUUUUCCAAAUCCUCUUCAAACUGAGUUUUACACACCAUUUGUUCCCUAUGAGAUAAAAGUUUUCACCAGCGACGUGUUUGCAGCAGGAACAGAUGCAGAUGUCUUCAUUGUGCUGUACGGCCGAGAAGCAGUGUGCACCCAGCAGAAGUCUCUGUGUGUCAACAAAAGGGAGAGGAGAAUGUACUUUGAGAGAGGAGCUGAGGACAUGUUUAUUGUUGAGCUAGAAGAUGUGGGAGAUGUAAUUGAGAAGAUCCGGAUCGGCCACGACAACCGAGGGGUCAACCCCGGCUGGCACCUGGACAGAGUGGAAAUUAGACGUCUGCUGAGGAAGGGAAAGGGAUCAGAGACUACCAUUUUCCCCUGUGAGUGCUGGCUUGCAAAGUCUGAGGAUGAUGGAGAAACUGUGAGAGAACUGGUACCUUCUGACAUUAUAACUGAGAAACUCUCCAGAGAUGGUAGCUUGAAAGUGACCGAGGUCGAGGUGGAAGAUGCCCUGGAGACUCAUACCUACAACGUUUCCGUGAUGACAGGAGACACGCAUGGAGCUGGCACUGAUGCCAACGUCUUCCUCACCAUCUAUGGAGACCUGGGGGACACUGGGGAGAGGAAACUAAGCAAGUCAGAAACAAACAGCAACAAGUUUGAACGAGGAUCUGUGGAUAAGUUCACCAUAGAGGCAGUUGACCUCGGCCAGGUUUUCAAAAUUAAAAUCCGCCAUGACAACAGCAUGAUGAGUGCUGACUGGUUCUUGGACCAAGUGGAAGUGUUUGAUGCUGAUACAGAGGAGGUCUACCUGUUCCUGUGUGAACGCUGGCUCUCCAAGAAGAGGGAGGACCGACGUAUUGAAAGAGUCUUCUAUGUCAAGGGCUACGAAGGAGUCAGAGAGAGCUUGAACAGUAAAAAAAUGCCAGCUUUGACAAUGAAGAGCCUGGACAGUAAUAUGAAUAAAAAGAGCAAGAAGAAGAAAGAGGAAGAAGUUGAGCUUUCUAUUAUCCCAUACCACAUCACCAUCUGCACUGGAAUGGAGCGUGACGCCAGCACUACCAGUAGAGCCUACGUGAUCAUCGUCGGGGUCAACCACACCCAGACAGAGCGGCUGUGGCUGGACCUGGCAGAUGAGAGAAAGGGCUUUGAGGCCGGCUCGCUCAAGAGCUUUGAAACUCACGGCUCAGACGUGGGGGAGAUCAAGAAGGUGGAGCUGGGGCAUGAUGGGGCCACCCCAGAGAGCUGCUGGCUUGUUGAGGAGCUGUCUCUCGCUGUGCCAACCAAAGGGGUCAAAUAUACUUUUGCUUGCAAGUGCUGGCUGGCCAAAGACAGAGGGGAUGGGUUGACUGCAAGAGUUUUCAAUAUAUUGGAUGCAGAGGCCAUUUCUAUCUCCCAGAAGGUGAUCUACGAGGUGACGGUGGAAACAGGAGACGUUCAGGGCGCAGGAACAGACACCCAGAUCUACAUGUCUGUGUUUGGGGCCAACGGCAGCACAGAAGAGAUGCUGCUGGAGAAGAACGAGGACAGGUUUGAGCGCGGUCAGGAGGACACUUUCAACAUGGAGAUUGAUGACAUUGCUCCACUGAGGAAAAUGAGGAUACGAAUUGACGGCUCCGGCAGUCGACCUGACUGGUUUCUUGACAAGGUGAUCAUGCGAGACCUGAGCACAGAGGAGGUGUCUGUGUUCACCUACGAGGACUGGCUUUCCAAGACACGUGGACCCAAAAGGAACAUGAUUUGUGAGAUGGCUGCUGUGGUGGAUGAAGAGGUGAUGGUAGAAAUCACAACCUACAUUGUCCAGGUCAAGACCAGCGACAUUGCAGGAGCCGGCACUGAUGCCAAUGUGUGGAUAAUCAUUUUUGGAGAGAAUGGCGACACCGGGACUCUGGCCCUGAAAGAGUGCAACAAGUCUAACAAGUUUGAGCGCAAGCAGGUGGAUACAUUUCGCUUCACUGACAUCCUCAGCCUGGGAGACCUCUCCAAAGUGCGGGUCUGGCAUGACAACUCAGGUAUGGCUCCAGGUUGGCAUUUGGAACACGUCGAUGUAAAGGAUGAGAUCAUGGACAAAACAUUUCGUUUCCCUUGUGACCGCUGGCUGUCCAAAAACGGCGAGGAUGGACAGAUAAUGAGGGAGCUGCCCUGUGGCAACAAUGACUACUUAGAUCUGAACGAGAAGACCAAAUAUGAAAUUUGUGUCACAACUGGAGCUGAAGCUGAAACCAAAGAGAAUGUGUGGAUUAUACUUGAGGGAAAGAAAGGCAGAUCAAAGGAAAUGGUAAUGGAAAACUCCUCAAAGAAGAAGAGGUUCCUGAGUGGAAAUGUUGACAGGUUUGAGUUUUCCUCCAAGAACCUGGGCGAUCUCACUGCCAUCUGCCUGGGCCACACACCCAAAGAUGGAAAGAAAGUAAAGGGGGAAGCUUACUGGCAUGUGGAGGAGAUCGUUGUGACUGAAAAAGAACUUGGAAACAAGUAUGUGUUCAGCUGCAAUGCCCUGGUUCUGCUCUCUCCAAAGAGGGAUGAAUUCUUGACUUUUGAGUGCACAAAAGCCAUUGAGAGCUUUGCCAGCAAAGCUCGCAGCCUAGUGCCUGUUAAGUACGAGAUCAUCAUCAUCACGGGUGACGAAAAGGGAGCAGGCACAGAUGCCAAUGUUUUUAUUACUAUCUACGGCUCCAACGGGGAUUCUGGGCGUCGACAGCUCCGGCAGAAGUUCCGAAAUCUCUUUGAACGCGAGCAGACGGACCGUUUCGUCCUGGAAAUGCUGGACAUGGGAGAUUUGUGGCGGGUCCGCAUGGAGCACGACAACUCUGGUCUUAGCCCCGGCUGGCUGCUGGACCGGGUGGAGGUCACCAACACGGCCAACGGUGUCACCACCAUCUUCAUCUGUGGGAAGUGGCUGGACAAAAAAAAGGCUGACGGACAGAUCUUUAGGGUUCUUUACCCCAAAUACUGAGGAUGACGCCUUCUCUUAAAUGUCCAGCAGGAGAAGCAUCCACCUGUUGUAAAGCACUGACCAAAGAGGUUCUGCUUCUGACCAAUUUCAUGUCUCAGGUGAUGAGGAUAACUAAAAGUCAUAUUUUGUAUGUAUUUUGGCUGUCAGGAAAAAUGUGCCAUUCUUUGUAAACGUGCGGGUUUUGUAAGAAUAAUUUUUUUUUCUAUUUUAUAUGUUUUAAACCUGUGGACUGGAAACCAUUUUUGAAUCCAUUUCAUUUUGUAUCAAUACCAGAUUAAUAAACGAGUUUCACUGGAA